AGAAGGGUUCGGUGAAUGCGCAUAUGAAACUGAUGGGUUCGGUACCUCAUAAAAGGUUAAGAACCACUGUCCUAGACUGAUGGCGUGUUUUAACCUGUAAACUUACAUGGAUGCCUCAGAGUUACUUAUAAAAUAAUCAAACACUGCUUCUGUACCCUAAUCUCUAUUCCAGUUAUGCAAUGUUAGUUUCCUUUCUUGGUAUAAAUACACUCAAAUUUACCCAGAUUGGAUGUUUAUUAUUUUAGUAAUAGACAAAGUAAUUGUAGUUUUGUCAUGUUUCAGCUUCUCUUCCAUUUUUGUGAUGUUUCCUCAAACAGGAAGCAGCAGGAAGCUCCUGGCACAUAAACCCUUCUGAGGCUUUUGUAUGUGGAGUUUGUGUGUUUUUCUUCCAGCUUUCGCCCAGAGUCCAGCAGACAUGUAAGGUUACCUGGAUACUCUGAAUUGCUCUUAGAUGUGUGUCCGUCUGUACAAUCAGUUCUCCUGUGUCCUGAUGACCUGGCAUAUGGGUACCCCACCUCUCAUCCAUUGACUACAGAAGUUGGCACCACCCCACCACAGCUCUGCCAUGGAUUAGGUGGCGCACAAAACCUUGUUUUUUUUGUUUAAUGUUAUCCUGCUGCAGAUUUUCCCGUUCCUGGUUAUGAAAUUUGCUUAUGUUCUCUCAAACUUUUCUGUAUUUGGUUUGCAGCUGUGAUUUUGUUUUUAAUGUGACAAAGCUGAAGUUCUCCCCAGGAAGGUCCUGGAUAGGGUUAGGGUUUUUCCUAACUUUUUCAAUAAAAUGGAUGUCUCUUGAAUGUGUAAGGUACUAGUAAUGGUCUUGAAUAUCUCUUAAAGCAGAUUGUUCGUCGCCUUUCUCCAGACUCAAGUUGAACGUUGUACGGUGAAGCGCAAGGGUCCAAAACUUUCAGCAUCUCUUUUGCAUCACAGAAGAGACUGAAUAAAAGACCUGAACUUCUUAAUGUUGGGAAGAAUGUGAAGCUGCUGAGACCUCAACGCUCACCGGGCGAUGGCUGAUGCCUGUGGAAGAUCCUGCUCUACUCCACGACCUGCUUUCUCUUCAGCUUUUGUGUUUGGACUGUUGCUUUCUCUUCUGCAGAAGUACGGCUUCCACCAUUUCAUCCUAGGCGGCGUCUAAGCAGCACUGACACAGAUUACCAAUGUGCUGUCGGUGUUAGUGUCACAACUGGUACCGUAAUUGUUAAGAACCUCACGUCCGCACCGUCCUUCCCUGUGGUGAGGGUGUUCAGCACCUUCACUUCUGGAGAAUUGGUAAAGCCAUGUCAUUUCCACCGUACAAUCCCUAUUCCUCCAGGAAUCAAAAUCUCACCCAACGUCCCUCCGACCGUCCAAACUUUAGUGAACAGUCAGACAUGGACCACUGGAUGUCACGGCACCGAACGGAACCUGAUUCAAACUUUAUCUCUUCGCCAUCAUUUUCUGGAACUGGUAACAUUUCAGGAAGAACUAUUCCUCAAAUGUCCGAGCUGCCGAUGACUUACAGGCCUGAACAGAUGAUGGCCAGGUCAGAAAGGGACUUUGAAAGAUCACUUGCUGGCAGAACCAGACAAGAAUUGGUGCCGCCGCGUUUAAGCCAUGGUUCUCGCUUUUUCUCCGCUCAAAGAGACGAGUUCCCUUCCACCAGUGUAGCGUCGUAUGGUGAAAUGGGCAGAGAUAGGGAGCCACAGGAUGAAAGUGACAACAGCUCCUUGAGCUGGUUGCAGAUCUUGAAAAAGCCCACAGAGGAUACUCCUGUGAAAUUUCAUUCGCCAGCUUCAUCCGACUAUCCCAGCAGCAGUGAUGGUAGGUUUUUUGCAUCCAGCGAGAGACGGCAAAGUAACCAAUCUGUGUCCGGUUCCAGACGUUAUGAAGACCCAACUCCAAGCGAACCAGUGCAUCCUGACGAGCCUUCUCAGUCACAGUAUACGCCAGAGCUUGCUGCCGUCCUUCUUGAGCAAUUUGGACUUGAAAAAGAGGACUUGGAAUAUCUCCUGAUGUUCCCUGAAGAUCAGAUAAACUCUGAUAAUCUAGCUCUGAUCUUGAAGCAGAUUCGCCUCAUGAAGGAGAAGAGAGCCUCAACAUCGCCCGACUCUGACCCCGAACCCUCCACAAGCUUCUGUGAGCCGGAGACGCAUAGCAGCCCUGAAGUGCCAGAGAUACAUGAGGACGAUAUAUCUAGGAUUUUUAAACCUGCCAAAGUGAUUGACUAUGGACAUACUGGGAGCUACACUGUGGUUGAGGAAAUUAAAAACACCAGUAGAGUCACCAGUGGUGGGACCAAAAGCAUGCUUGAUGCUUUUAGCAGCACCAGUUACAAAGAACCAUUCAAACAAACUACAUCAGAGGUUCCUUUACCUGGCCUGACAGCUUCUCCUACCAGCUUCACCUCAAUGAGGAGUUCUGUGACUCCCCAAAGCAGCAACCUACCUAAGUUGCCACAAACUCAAUCAAACCAGGCUCCUCAAAAGGUCCACAUCCCUUUCAUUUCCCCAGAAGACGACAAAGAUUCACCUAAUAAGCCAGUGGCUCACCAAACCCAGGCUCCAGAGAAAUUCACCCCCACCUUUGUUCCUGAAAAGGUAGAAUCAGAUCCACCCAAACCGCUACAGAGCCAACCAGCCCAGGCACAUGGGAGGUCCUUCACUCCCCUUGUUCUGCUAAAGAAAAAUGAAGAAACACGGAAAAGACCAAAGUUUUCAAGUGCCAACCUCCUGAAAGACUGUUCUCCGCAAGGGGAGGCGCAAGAUUCAAAGUCUAGUACUUCUUCAGGUGAAGGCGGCAAAGUUGGUUGUAAGCAAGAUAAUCGUACUGAAAAUCCUCGUAAAACUCAAGAGCAACAGCCAGAGGUUUUUAAAGAGCAGAAGAAAGAUAAGUUAGCAAACGUUCAACAAAGCAAAGCUGCAACGGACACAAAGCCACAGGCGAAGGAGCAAACUAAACCGCCUGAGGAGUCGCAUCCUUUAGUCUCCAGGUCUCUCACCACUCCUCCAGCUCAGGCAAACACAGAAGCAAAGAAGCAUUACAGUUCGUCAAAGUCCGUGUGCAGCAGCUCAGCUCCGAAGGUGGCGAUCUUCAGGGGUCUGCCGUCAAGGUCGAUGAUCAACGAUUAUGCUUGUGCCGCGCCGCCAGCCUUUCCACAUCGGUGCACUCUGUGUGACAGAAAAUUUGAGACCAUGAAGCAUUGGCUUUUCCACCACGACUCCACCGUUCACCAUGAGAACCGCAAGCUCCUCCGGAAACAAUAUCCAGACUGGGACGGUGAGAUACAAGACUGGAGAGUCUCGGAUAAAAGACCUACAACCCAGCAAAGGAGUCGUUCUCGUUCCCACAGCUCCCACCGCCGCUCGCGUUCUUGCUCACGCAGCCCACAACGCAGCUGCAAGAAGGGAAAAAAGGACAGCAGCAGCUCCCGCUCCCGCUCGCGUAGCCCUCGACGUCACCAUGACUCCAAGAGUAGGAAGACAAACUGGAGUUACAGGUCCCGGUCUCGUUCCUCAAGUCCUCGGUACAAGUCCAGCUCAACCCACCAUUACCAUUCCCGAUCGAGGAGCCGCGAGAGAGAACAGAGAAAGAGGAGAGAGAGACGAUCGUCGUCGGAAAGAUCGACACCUGAACGGAGGAGGUCGACCAGUGCAGAGAGACUGGCGAAGAGACUGCUGGAAGCAUCAGGCGUCCAGUCUCUGUCGAAGCAGUCGGACUUGGAGGCGGUGGUAAAAUCUAUGACCCCUGCUUUACUGGCUGAACUCAAAAAGCGGAAGACAACACCGUCAUCAUAUUUUGCUGCAAGGCCUAGUCCUAGAGAAACUGAGGUUUACUCAGCGUACGCAUCUUCUGGAUACAAAAACAGAAACAUUGAAACAUCUGAAAGAAAAUCCAGAGACGACCCGAACACGGUGAAGCUCAGAGGGAUUUUCAGCAAUCACUCGUACAACGACGUGUGGAAUGCCAUGGAGUCGUUUGGGAAAGUUGAGUCAAUUGUGCUGUAUAGAUCCAGACAGGAGGCCACCGUCAUUUUCCAGGAGGAAGAUGAUGCAGAGGUACUUCGCAGCAUGGAGAGCUUCGACUUUAAAGGAGACACCAUCACCGUCGUCACUGCUGACUGUGUUUUCGUACCUCCUGGUUCCACUUCUGCUAAACAACAGAAGAAAUCUUGUCCUGGAGACGAAGCGGCUAAAGCAGAAACGUCUGCAGCUGCAAAGAAACGUAAAACGGAGGGAGACGGAUCGGGAAUUAAAACCAAAAAACCUGCAGCGGCUCCCAAAGAGUCGGAUGAGAAGCCUGAUGCUGCCGAUACCGUAAAACCUACAAACGAUCGGGAAGACGUUCCUGCACAAGAAGAACGUCAGGAUGCAGAAGAAGACUCUGAGGUGAAGCUGGAGUCGGAACCGGCUGAAGUGGAUCCAGGUGACGAUUAUCACCUGGACCCGGAAACCUCCCUGACGGUUGGAGAUCAGCUGAAGUCGCUGCUGCUGAAGGAAACUUUCAAGUGUUUUACAAGCGAGGAAAUAAAAUCGACGACAGAAUUUCCUGAGGUGUUUCUGAUCAGCGACCUCCCAGAUGUUGAAGCCUGCAGCUACACGGAGGAGGAGCUGGCCGAGCAGCUCGCUCCGUUUGGGUUCGAACACAAAGUCGACACCAUUUACUGCCUUCCUCAGUCCGGCCUGGCUUUGGGCAUCAUGCCGAGCGGCAAAGAUCUACAGAACCUCCUGACGGAGACGUGGGAUGGCGUUGCCUUUAGGGGGCAGCAGAUCUGCAUCAGACCUGUUUGUGGCGGCUUCCCAAUGACGCCUUUCCAGUUUUAUUCGGCUCUGAUGAAACGGAUUCGCCGUAACGUCACAGACGACGGUUCCAGAACCGUCUUCUUCCAUGACGUCUCUCACAGCGAAACCCAGGAGCUCAGAGAGUUUCUCAUGAACGACUUUGCGGUGAAAAACUUCCUGCCGCUUCUCAACAAGGUGUUUGUGGAAUUUGAGUCGAGCAACGACGCGGAUCUGCUGGGCCUGUCGUACAGCAGACAGGAAGGCGGUCGCGCUCACAAGCUGCUCAGGAUGAAAGCGCCGGACGCCAUUGCCGAUUCACAAGGGAAAUAUAACUUCCCACCAAACACCAAACCACCAUUUUGGAUCACCAUGAAAACCGACCCGUUUAUUUUCCCAACGUUGUCUCCGUGGUACGACAGCCCGAAUUACAUCAAACUCAAAAAAGUCUCCUGCUUUACGGAAGUGGACGGUUGGAGCGUGGCGUCCUUCGCCAUCAUGCUGACGGACCUGCCCACCGACGGCUACACGCAGGAGGACGUGGCCCGCCUGGCGUGGCCGUAUUUCCCAGAAAAGACGCUCAGGGCGCUUUGCUCCAACGUGGUCGUCCUGCCUCUGCAGAGGAGGGCCUUUGUUUAUUUCAGCGACUGGUCGACAUGCAACAGUUUUAUCAAAGAUCAUCUGAAUAAAGUUUUGAGCAUCAACGACUGCCAACUCAAAGCGUUCCUCGCCUUGAACAUGGAGCAUCACGGCGCCAGCGAGGAGAUGUUGUACAAAAAUGUGAUGAAAUGGAGCAACAGUCCGGUUUCCGACUCGGACCCUCUGGAGGAACGGCUGCUGUCUGUGGAAACCUUCGACGCGUCUCCAGAUAUCGUCACUGUGGUCAUGAAGGUGGUGGCGUCCAUCACUCCCUUCGUCAACUUCCUGCCUCUCGCCAACAGGAUCUAUAUUGAGAUGUCCGACUCCGCCGCUGUCGCUCGAGUGGUGGAGAAAGUUUUCUUCCUGGACGAUUUAACUGAAGAUGAAAACUGGACGAAAGUUGGACGCAUCGAACCGUUGGUGACUCUACAGCAGCGACUGCAGCUAACUGGAAACCUUACCAUUGACCUCGAGACACAUUUGCAAUCUGUUAAGGCUGAACGACAAGUGAGGCCGAAAUCCAAACCUCCAAAAGAAGAAGGAGCCGCCGGUUCCAAGUCCAAGAAGACGGAACCGAGUGAAGAAACUCCUAAGGACGGCGAGAAACCCGAGACUGCUGCUCCAAACGUAGCAGAGAUUCCUCAAGAGGAAGAUAAACCCACUGAGGGUGCGGUGGCACAGACGGACCAGCAGGUGUCAGUGAAAACCGAAAAGUCAAAGACUGUAACUUCAGAGGUUCUGGUAAAAGAAGCAUCAAGUAGAGAUCAGUGUGACGGUUCAGAAGGUUCUGGCCCAAUUCAAGAUGAGAAAGACUCUUCCAGCGUGUUUCCUGAAGCAGAACUCUCAGAGGAAGUGAAUUUAACUGAUGAUCAGUCCAUAACUGAAUCUGAAGGUCCAAAACUAGACGAUGAACCCGCAGUGGAAGACGUGGAAGAAAAAACAGACGAUACUUCAACUCCGCCAGAGGAAAAGCUCAGAAGGAGCACGAGGAGCAAAGCAUCUAAAGCUGAGGAGAAGGAAAAACCUGAGAAGAAGCAGGAGACAACGGCUAGGAGAUAUACGACGAGAGCAAAAAACAGCAAAACAGAACAAGAAGACGCACAAGAGACAGAGGAAGCUACUAAUGUAACACCGGACGCUGCUGAGGAAGAUCAACCAGCGGUACAACAGAAACCGAAGAGAGGAAGACCAAAGAAAAACACCGGAGCAACUAAAAAACAAAUGGCCGCCUUGAAGAAGGAGAGUCUCGACCAAACUGUCAAAGAAGAACUUGACGAAACAAACUCAACGGCUUUAAAAGAAGACAUGGAGAUGGCGAUUAGGGAAGAAGAAAAAAAUGAAGCAAAGGAUGAACUCAGCAAAAAGGAAACAGACAUCAUGAUACCAUCUGGAGAACUGCUGGUCUCAGAGGAGCAGAGUCCACCUCAGUUAGCUGGUGGCAUUGCCGAUGAGGAAGGGUCCAAACAGGAAGUGGAGGAACCAAAAGAAGCUGGAGACGAAGAUCAACCAGUGGUACAAUGGAACGCAAGGAGAGGAAGAUCGAAGAAAAACACGAAGGCAGCUAAAAAACAAACGGCCGCCUUGAAGAAGCAGAAUCUCAAUAAAACUGUCAAUGAAGAAGAAGAACUUAACGAUGAGACAACCUCAGCCAGAAAUGAGGAAGCUGCAGUUUCUACAGGUGAUCAAGUUCAGGUGAUGAUGAGCAAAGAAGAAAGAAGUGAAGCAAAAGAUGAAAUCAGCAAAAAGGAAAGAGACGGCACUAUACCGUCUGGAGAACUGCUGGUCUCAGAGGAACAGCGUCUGACUCAGUUAGCUGGAGGCGUUAGCGAUGCUGAAGUAACGGUAUCUGGUGUAAAAGGGUCCAAACAGGAAGAACUGGAGGAACCUGCUAAUAAUGUGAAAGAUGCUGAAGAGGCGCAGGAGGUUGAGGAAGAUCAACCAGCGGUGCAACAGAAAGCAAGAAGAGGAAGACCGAAGAAAAACACCAGAACAACUAAAAAACAAAUGGCCGCCUUGAAGAAACAGAGUCUCUCCAGUCCAGUAGCUGAUGAAGAAGGUCCUGCAGAAGAACCUACUGAUGAUACAAACUCAACCGCUCGUAAAGAAGAUGGGGAGAAAACAGUGGAGACGGCAAGAAAUGAGGAACAGGAAGAUCCUCAACUUCAAGUUGUAGCUUCUAUCGAUGAUCGAGUUCAGGAGACGAUGAGCGAAGAAGAAAGAAGUGGAGCAAAGGAUGAAGUUAAAGCUGAAAGAGAAGACACAAUAACAACUGGUUCCGCACAGGAGCAGAGUCUGUUGGCUGGUGUUAGCAAUGCUGAAGUAGCAUUAGCUGGUCCUAAUGGGUUAAAACAGGAAGUCUUGGAAGAACAGAGUCUGACUCAGGCUGCUAAUGACGUGACAGAUGCUAACGUAGCUUUAGUUGCAACAGAAGAUUUCAAACAGGAAAUCCUACAGCAACCAAGUCUGACUUUAGCUGGUGUUAGCGAUGCUGAACUAGCAUUACCUGGUGGAGAGGAGAUCAAACAGGAAGUCUUGGAGCAGCAGAAUCUGAGUGUGUUAGCUGGUGGUGUUAGCGAUGCUGAAGUAGCAAUAUCUAGUGCAGGAGAGUCUGAGCAGGAAGUCGUAGAGGAACAGAGUCUCACUCAGGCUGCUAAUGAUGUGACAGAUGCUAACGUAGCUUUAGUUGCAACAGAAGAUUUCAAACAGGAAAUCCUACAGCAACCAAGUCUGACUUUAGCUGGUGUUAGCGAUGCUGAAGUAGCAAUAUCUAGUGCAGGAGGGUCCGAGCAGGAAGUCGUAGAGGAACAGAGUCUCACUCAGUUAGCUGGUGGUGUUAGCAUUGCUGCAGUAGACUUACCUGGUACAGCAGGGUCCAAACAAGAAGCUUUGAAGGAACAGAGUCUGAGUCAAUUACCUGAUGAAGUAACAGAAGUUAGUGUGAAUUCAUCUGCUGCUAAACAGUCGGAAGAACUCAUCUUAAGAGGAAAAAGUCUGACUCUGUUAGCUGAACAUGUAAAUGUCACUAAUGAAGAUUUAUCUGAUGAGGAAAGAUCCAAAAUAAAAAUUUUAGAGGAGUUUUUAUCUCAAUUUGCUGAUGAUGAUGUUGAGAAUUUACCUGCUGCAGAGGAAGAGAGUCUGACUGAGGCUGCAGAUGAUGUGAUAGACGCUAAAGUAGCAUUAGCUGGUAUGGAAGAGUCCAAACAGGAAGUCUUAGAGGAACAGAGUGCGACUUUGUUAGCUGGUGUUAGCGAUGCUAACGAGGCUUUAGCUGGUGCAGAAGAGUCCAAACAGGAAGUCGUAGCUGGUGAUUUAACAAAUGCUGAUCCUGAAGGAAGAAAACGGGACGUUUCAGAGGAACAGAGUUUAGAUCAGCUCACCUGUAAUUCAGAGAAUUUAUCUCCAGAACAAUCUGUAGCAGGACCAAAAGAAAUGAUACCAGAACCUGAGACUAAAACCAAUCCUGACCCCUGGGAGGAGAAGAUGGAGGACAAAGAUGGCUCUCUGAUGUCUGAGGUUUUGUUGGAUGGAAAUGAAACGGAGAUUAAACCAGACAAAACCCCAGAAUCUGCUGAGUGUAAACAUGAAGGCGGCACAGAUGAGACUGUGAACAUUGGAACAGCAGAAGAAGAAAUAAAGGAAGUAAAAGCUCCCAGAACCAGAGGCCGACCCAGAAAGAAAGCGAAGACGACUCCUGUGAGAAGGUCCGCCAGAGGUCAAACGGUCAGCGCUGAGCCAGAAGAAGAAGAAGAAGAGAAGGAGUCCAGCUUGGCUCAAACAAAAGCUGGCAGACAGCGGAGCGAGCCGGUCGGACCUGCAGCAAAGAGAACUCGAUCCCAGUCUCCAACUGUUGCUGCCAACGUCAAUCUGCCGCCAUUUGACCCGGAACGCCCUCGAGGUCAGGAGUUCACGGUCCAGAAACUGGCGUAUUUCUGUAACCUUUGCUCGGUUUUCUACCUCAACGAAGGCGCUGAUAAAGACCUGCACUGCUGCAGCAGGACCCACUACGACAACCUGCAGAGACAUUACCAGGAGCUCCAGCAGGAACCUUCAGAAAAUUCCCAGGGUUGGAUUUCUGACUGAAAAUAAAUAACGAUGGAGAAAAAGUUUUUCAGUGAUGAAUGAAACAGAUCUGAUGAUUAAACUUUGUACAUUUUUUUUUCUUUUAUUGGAUUUGCCUGUUUGGUUUAAUUAAUAAAAGAAAUGCCCUCAUUGA